CCUCCGGAUUAAGGCAAAAAUAAGAGCAAAGGAGAGAGAAAGGAGAAGGGGGGAGGGAAGGGGCUGUGAGUUUUGUGGUAGGUGCGAGAUUGACCAAACCAAACACUUCCUUCUCUUCCCUCAUCUCCUCUCUUCUCUUCGUCCCCACCAACCCCUCCAUUUACCCCAACCAUAUAAAAUCCCCACCUUCCCACCCCCACCCUUUUCUUCUCAGCUUGAAAGGAUCUCUCUUCUCAAGCUGUACUCCGAAUCCCCUCCAUCCCCUCUCUUCUUCCCUCCCUUCUUAUCUCUAUCCUUCUUCUCCCUCUACGAUCCUUAUAUUAGUUGUAGUUGUUAUCAUUAGCGAGGCUAGAAGAUUAGGAUCUAAAAUAAUUAGUGUAUCCAAGGACACUAGAUUAACCUAAUGUGUUCCAUGGCGGCUAUUCUAUCCCCAACUACCAAUCCGACGGUCCAGAUUGGAUCCAGAGUAGCCACGCCGAUCAUCCGAAUCCCCUCGGCUGCCCUCCGCACGGUCCGGUCCGUCUACCGGCACGACGCCUCCGGCGGCUUCAACCCUUCGGCCUCCUUCUUCCCCGGCGCCGUCGGAUCUAGCCGCUCCGACUGGCAGACCUCCUGCGCCAUCCUCGCCAGCAAGGCUGCCGACGACAACAAGCCCUCAUCCGACGCCGUCUCCGGCGGCGAUGCUGCUCCCGACGCCGGGGAAGCCAAUGGAAAGCAUCACCUGUCCUCCGCCCCCGCCGCCGUGAACGGCCACAAGCCGCCCACCAAUGCUUCGACUACACUGGAUCUGGUCCCGAUCGCUAAUCUCCCACGGCCGCUGACCAUCGCCGACCUCUCCCCGGCGCCAAUGCACGGGUCCCAGCUCCGCGUGGCCUAUCAGGGCGUCCCGGGGGCCUACAGCGAGGCGGCCGCUGGCAAGGCCUACCCCAACUGCGAGGCCAUCCCCUGCGACCAGUUCGAGGUGGCCUUCCAGGCGGUGGAGCUCUGGAUCGCGGACCGCGCCGUCCUCCCCGUCGAGAACUCCCUCGGCGGCAGCAUCCACCGGAACUACGACCUCCUCCUCCGCCAUCGCCUCCACAUCGUCGGAGAGGUCCAGCUCCCCGUCCACCACUGCCUCCUCGCCCUCCCGGGCGUCCGCAAGGAGUACCUCACCCGCGUCAUCAGCCAUCCCCAGGCCCUCUCCCAGUGCGAGCUCACUCUCACGGGCAUGGGCCUCAACGUCGCCCGCGAGGCCUUCGACGACACCGCCGGCGCCGCCGAGUACGUCGCCGCCAACGGCCUCCGCGACACAGCCGCCAUCGCCUCCGCCCGUGCCGCCGAGCUUUACGGUCUCCAGAUCCUCGCCGACGGGAUCCAGGACGAUUCCGGCAACGUGACCCGCUUCGUGAUGCUGGCCCGGGAGCCCAUCAUCCCGAGGACCGACAGGCCCUUCAAGACCAGCAUCGUCUUCGCCCACGACCGCGAAGGGACCUCCGUUCUCUUCAAGGUGCUCUCGGCCUUUGCCUUCAGGGACAUCAGCCUGACCAAGAUCGAGAGCCGGCCGCACCGCCACCGCCCGAUCCGGCUGGUGGACGACGCCAACGUCGGCACGGCCAAGCACUUCGAGUACAUGUUCUACGUCGACUUCGAGGCCUCCAUGGCGGAGGUCCGCGCACAGAACGCCCUCGCCGAGAUCCAGGAAUUCACCUCCUUCCUCCGCGUCCUGGGGAGCUACCCCAUGGACAUGACUCCAUGGACCGCCAACUCUUCGCCACCCCCAUCCACCUCCUGCUCGUCGUCUUCCUCCUCCUCGUCGUCUUCUCCGCCUCGCCGGGAUUGAUUGAUUGUUUGAUUGGUUCGUCGCCGGAUCGCCGUCCGUCCAUUUAGCUCCUCCACUGGAUCGCCGGUCCAUCAUCAGUCAAUUAAUUCGACUUUUGGUGGGCGUGGUUGGUGGUGGGCCAGUCAUGCUGCUCGUGUCGCGCUAGCUCCACCGGACUACCUCCCCAUCUGAAUCUUUUUUUUAAAAAAAAUCUUUUAUUUUUUUUGUUUCUGCGAUGAAUGAACAAAUCAAAACUGAUCCACCAAUACAAUGGGUGAGAUUGGUCAAACGGGAUUUGGCAAAUGCGUUAGUUUUUUUUAUACUCGGAUCUGUUAUUAUCAUCACCAACCGUCUGUGUUUUUUUUAUAUAGUACAGUUUAUCAUGAUGUAUAGUUUGCA